AUGAGUCAUCUGCUCAGAACUGAACAUGCCUCAGGACCCAGGGAAGCAGCAGAGGAAACCCAGGGGCACUUGCAGCUCCAUUUCAGUAACCCAGCAGGAAAUCAUCUGAUGGAGUUCAGCCUUCAAAAUGCUUCCCAGAAGCAUGUCAAGAUCAGCAGGCACUGCCACUGCAAAAAGUUUUUAUCACCUCCAGAGAAGCUCAUUACUGGGAUCCUGGCCAUCAUCUGGUUUGCCUUAUUGGUCGCCUUGGUGAUGACAACCAGAGUUGUCCCUCCAUAUCCUGAAGAAAUAGCCCAGAUCAAUUCCUACCUGACAGGAACCCAGAAAGCAUACCCUUGUGGUCAUUGUUCAGAGUGGAUAUCCUAUUCCCACAAUUGCUAUUACAUUGGUGUGGAGAAAAAAACUUGGAAUGACAGUUUAGUGUCCUGCACUUCCAAAAACUCUACUUUGCUCUACAUAGACAGUGAAGAGGAGCAGAACUUUCUGCAAUCACUCUCAUUGGUCUCUUGGACUGGAGUCUUUAGGAAGAGCAAAGAUCAGCUCUGGGUUUGGAAAAAAGACUCAACAUUCAAACCAAAGAUAACAGGGUUUUCCAAUAUGGAACAUAACUGUGUCAUGCUGUCAAAUCCUGGUUUCACAACAGAUGACUGCACAGCUUUACAUAUAUAUGUUUGUAAGCGUAAUUUCAAAAACUAA